AUGAGUAAAAAAGUGAAUACUUUCCCAGCAGAUAACGAGGAGAGACCGUUUAAGUGUGAAUUGUGCUCUCGAGGAUUUCAUAGGUUGGAGCAUAAGAAGAGACAUAUCAGAACACAUACGGGUGAAAAACCGCAUAGGUGUACUUUCGGUAGUUGUGGAAAGAGUUUUAGUCGAAGUGAUGAGUUGAAAAGACAUCUAAGGACCCAUGCAGGAAGUUCUCAACGUCGAUCCAGGAAACAAUUGAAAGAGAAAGGUGUAGCUAAACCAAGAUUGACACAUGAUGAGGGUACGACUCUGCCGAGGAUCAGUAGUCUUAGUGUGUCUCCACCGGUAACUAUUCCCGUGGUAGUUACUUCAGGGCCAGCGAGUAGCAGUAGUCCUACAAGUACGCCGUUAGGGAGUCGUCCGACGUCUCCUCAGGUGGCAUAUAUGGCCCCUCCGACGCUUCCGCUCUAUUACGGAUCUUCCAGCUCAUUGGUAAGUGAUACAGGUUCAUCUGUGUUCUCCCACUCAGGUAGUUUCUCUAACACAUCGUUACUGGGAUCUUCUAAAGAUAUAGCUCCUCAGCAGAAGAAGUUUGUCAAGACUUUAAACAGCGCAUUGAGCUCACUACAAGCGAUGACACCAUUACAAACAAGAGUUGCAAGAAACGAAACGCUAUCGAUCCCAACUUCGCCUGUCGUGUCAAGACCCGUGUCGGCAGCCAGCAGUGUUGUAUCUUUAGCUACAAUGCUUAACAAUGAUGAUUCAAAGAAAACUUCAGCGCCCGAGACAUUGAAUGGAAGUUUUCUAGAUACUACAAAGACCAAUCGUACAAGAAAGUCUGCAAAGGCAAGGUUCCAGUUGACAACGGACGAAGAAGAUAAUGCAGAUGACGAAGAUGAAGAUACAAGUGACACUUCCAACAAUCUGGAAGCUGGAAAAGUGAAACUACCAUCCAUUAGCAAUGUCCUCAGGCAAAUAGAUGUUUUCAAGACCACAGUUAACUCAUAA